AUGGCAUUGUCAAGUGCUUCCGAGGUCAUCUUUAUCUCUGUCAAUCACAGCAUCACCUUGAUGGGAAAGGUGUGGCUCAUUGUGAUGAUCUUCCUUCGUGUCCUGAUCCUCCUCUUUGCUGGUUAUCCUCUCUACCAGGAUGAGCAGGAACGAUUUGUAUGUAACACCAUUCAGCCUGGCUGCGCUAAUGUAUGCUAUGAUCUAUUUUCCCCCAUCUCACUUUUCCGUUUUUGGCUGGUGCAACUCAUCACUUUAAGUCUCCCCUACAUCAUUUUUAUCAUCUACGUCAUCCAUAAGGUCUCAAAUGGGCUCACCCUGGACCUGAGCUCCUCAGGUCCAAUCAAAACUAUGCAGGUGUACAAGAUUCACCAGGAGCCGUUCAGCAAUACGCCUGAAAAUAAGAUUCCUCUAUGGGCUGAACGAGGGUGGGCCCGGUGCUUCACAGGAGCCUAUAUCCUCCAUUUGAUGUUCAGGACAUUGUUAGAGGCAGGGUUUGGGGCAGCUCACUAUUAUCUAUUUGGUUUCUACAUCCCUAGGAGGUUCCUAUGCCAGCACCCUCCCUGCACUACCCAGGUGGACUGCUACAUCUCCAGGCCCACUGAGAAGACUGUGAUGCUCAACUUUAUGCUUGGUGCAGCGGCUCUGUCCCUUUUUCUAAAUGUGCUGGAUUUCAUCUGUGCCAUCAAGCGCUCCGUGAGGCAGAAGAGCAAGAGGAAGAUGAUAGUGGAGAAGAUAUAUGAGGAAGAGCAAUGUUUCCUUUCAGCUGUAGGAGGUUCUAGGGGUAUAGAUCCAAAUGCCUCCCUGUCUCAACAGGAUCUAGAAGUAGAGGCUGCUCAGACAGGGAGUUUCCGGAAGAGGCAAGGUAGCAAGGGUUCUAGCAGAGGGGGAACGCUUGUUUUAGGUCAGGGGGCACCCUGUCUGGAGCGCUCCUCUCUCCGUUGCUCUCCAGUACCUCUGGGCUGCAACACAAACGGGAACAACGGCUGCUCUGCUUCCCAAGAGGAGGCUUUGGACAGGAAUGGCAGUGAGCAGGCUCUCUGUCCCCCAGAGCCCAUGGGCACACCUAGAUCCAUUCGUGUUAGUAAACGCAGCCGACUCAAACCACCGCCUCCGCCCAGACGGGACCUUGGUGUGCCCCCUGGGGUGCUAGCAAGACCCACCAGGGAUGUUUCCACAGCAACAGCAGUCUCUACCAGGCGGAUGGGUCAGUACACACUGGUUGAGUUAGGUAGCGGUGCAGAGCUCCAGACCAAUGAUGAAGGGCAGGAUAAAAGAUCAGAGUGGGUAUGA